GGCGCAUGUGCGGGGAGUGUAGCAGUUUGAACAGUAUCAGCUGGCGCCAGGGUUCCAUUGAAGGAAGUAUUGCUGUAUCAGGGCUGGAGUUUGCCUCUCAUUGCCGGUAUUGGGAGCGAUUGAAGACCUGCAAAGAUGUCCAAAAUUGAGAAGAUGAGUAUUCAGGGUGUGAGGAGUUUUGGAAUAGAUGACAAAAAUAAACAAAUUAUCACCUUCAAUACUCCAUUAACUGUUCUGGUCGGACCAAAUGGCGCAGGAAAAACGACUAUAAUUGAGUGCUUAAAGUACAUUUGUACUGGUGACUUCCCUCCUGGAACCAAAGGGCAAACAUUUGUGCAUGACCCAAAGGUUGCCCAUGAAACUGAUGUGCGAGCGCAAAUCCGUCUACAGUUUCGAGAUGUGAAUGGAGGAAUGGUGGCUGUGCAGAGGUCAAUGCUUUGCACUCAGAAGGGAAAAAAGACUGAAUUCAAAACCUUGGAGGGCGUGAUUACACGAAUGAAGCAUGGAGAAAAAGUCAGCUUGAGUUCAAAAUGUGCCGAGAUGGAUCGUGAGAUGAUCAGUGCCUUGGGUGUCUCAAAAGCUGUGUUAAAUAACGUUAUAUUCUGUCAUCAAGAAGAUUCAAACUGGCCUCUGAGUGAGGGGAAGGCUCUGAAGCAGAAAUUUGAUGAGAUUUUCUCAGCCACAAGGUACAUUAAAGCUUUAGAAAUGCUUCGUCAGGUCCGCCUGAAGCAGUCACAAAAUGUCCGAGAUUACCAAACGGAGCUCAAGUACCUGAAGCAAAACAAGGAAAAGGCCCAGGAAAUCCAGCAUCAGGUGACUGAGAAAGAGACCCAGCUGGCUGCUUCAAAGGAGAACGUUCAGUUGAUUGAAAAUCAGAUAGCUCCCUUAGAGGAACGUUUGACACAGAUUGAUAAGAACUUGACUAAAGUGAUGAAUCUGGACGUUGACAUCAAAGCUCUUGAAAGCAGGAAAAAGCAAAUGGAGGAGGAUAAUCGAGAUCUAGAGGAGAAAAUGGAGCAGGUUUUCCAAGGGACAGAUGAGCAGCUUCGAGACAAGUAUUACAAUCACCAGAGAACAGUGAAUGAGAAGGAGAGGCUGCUGAAUGAUCGUCAACGUGAGCUUGAACGUAUAAAUCAGCGGUGCCAGAAACUCAACCGACAGAAGUCAGAAAUGUUGAUUGAGCAAGGACGACUUCAGCUCGAAGCAGAUCGUCAGCAGGAAAACAUCAAGAAGCGAGAUUCACUUGUCCACUCUCUGGCCAUGCAGCUCAAAUUGGAUGGUUAUGAAAGAGCACCUUUCAGUGAUCGCCAGUUUGAUAGUUUCCGUCGACAGCUGACUGAUAGGUUGGAGAGAGAGAAAGAAACAGCCAGUCAGCUACUGAAUGAAUACACUGCAAAAGAAGCAGCAAAACAAAGGCAGAUUGAUGAGUUCAGAGAUAAGAAGACAGGAUUAGAGCGAACAAUCGAACUGAAGACGGACAUUCAGAGAAAGAGACAAACCGAACUGACAAAUAUUAAAGUGGAUUUGCAACAGCUGGAGGGGUCUUCUGACAGACUGCAGGAACUCGACCAAGAACUGAAUAAAGCGGAGCGUGAUCUUGAACGUGCUGUAAACGGCAGUAACGUGGAAGGCCUGAAUACAGAAGUGGCAAAUCUGCGGAAAGAGAAGGAAGAUUUAGACAGGUCCCUGCGGAAGCUGGAUCAAGAAAUGGAGAUAAUAAACAUGCACACCACCACCAGAACUCAGAUGGAAAUGCUGCAAAAAGACAAGGCUGACAAAGAGGAACAGAUCAGGAAGAUAAAGUCAAGACAUAAUGAGGGACUGACAGCACUGUUGGGGUAUUUCCCUAACAAGAAGCAACUGGACGAUUGGCUUCAUGCAAAAGUUGGGGAGAUCAAUCAAAGCCGGGAUAAGCUAUUCAGGCUGAAUAAGAACUUGGCUUCAUCAGACCAGAACAAAAAUCACAUAACUACUGACCUGCGGACAAAAGAACAACAGCUCACCACCUACAAAGAAAAGUUCUUUGAUGCAUGUGGAGAGCAGGAUUUUGAAAGCAACCUGUAUAAACUUCAGGAUGAUAUUGAAAAGACAUCAAAGCAAAGAGCCAUGCUCUCUGGAGCAACGGCUGUGUACAGUCAGUUCAUUAGCCAGCUGACGGAGGAGAACGAGCCCUGCUGUCCAGUGUGUCAGCGCAUCUUUCCGUCGGAGGCAGAGUUGCAGGACAUCAUUGAUGACCUGCAGUCAAAGCUCCGGCUCGUUCCUGACAAACUGAAGUCUGCGGAGUUGGAGCUGAAGGAGAAAGAAAAACGCCGCGAUAUCAUGAUGGGACUCAAACCAAUCAGAGAAACAGUCAUUGAACUUGAAGAAAAAGAUUUGCCUGAGUUGCGAAAUAAACUGCAGAGCAUCAAUCGAGAUAUUCAGCACCUGAAAAGCGACAUAGAAGAGGAGGAGACUCAGCUUGCUGGCUUUAUAUCACAGGAAGGCUCAGCAAAGUUAUGUCUGCAAGACAUAUCACUCAUGGAGAGAUACCAGACAGACCUGAGAGAUGUUGAACGCAAGAUUGCACAGCAGGCUGCCAAGCUCCAAGGGGUAAAUAUGAACCGAACAAUGCAGCAAGUCAAUCAAGAGAAGCAAGAAAUGCAGCUCCAAGUGGAAACAGUUUCCAGUAAAAUCGAACUGAAAAGGAAAAUGAUUCAGGAUCAGCAGGAACAGAUCCAGUUAUUGAAGAGCAUUGUCAAUGAGAUCCGUGCUGAGAAACUCCAUAUUGCCGGCAAUAUGCAGCGGCGCCAACAACUGGAGGAGCAGAGUGCGGAAUUUUCUACUGAGAUUCAGUCCCUACACAGAGAAAUACAAGAAUCUGAGGAACAGUUAUCUCCAAUAGCUGCAACUCUGAAUAAACUACGAGAAGAAAAACAGGAGCUGAUGGAGAGGAAAAGUACCAGCUACAAGGAGAUGCAGGAUAAGAUAAAUGAGGUCAAAGACAAAUUGAAAAAUAUUGAUGCUUAUGCAAGAGAAAUUGAAAGAUACAUCAAAGAAAGAAAAGGUGAACAUAAAGAGCAAAAAGAGUCUGAGCUUCAAGACACCACAAUUCAACUAAAUGAAGCUGAGAAACAGCGGGAGAAGAUGCACAGAGAAAUGGAGGCUAUACGAAAGGACAUCGAUACGCAGAAACUUGAAGAGCGGUGGUUGCAAGAUAACUUGACGUUGCGAAAGAGGAUGGAAGAAUUGGAAAUUGUAGAGACCAAGAGGAAGGAACGGCUGAAAGAAAUGGGAAGAGAUGGGACCAAAAGUAAUAUUUUUUUUGAUGGCAGUGAACGACAACAACUGGAAGAGCGACUGGAUAAUUUCAAAAAGAAUCGCAAUCUGGAAGGGCGGCAGAAAGGUUUUGAAGAGGAAAUUCUUCACUUCAGAAAGGAACUGAGAGAAGCUCAGUAUAGAGAUGCUGAGGAAAAGUUCAGAGAAAUGAUGAUCGUAAUGAGGACAACAGAACUGGCUAACAAGGACCUAGAUAUUUAUUACAAGGCACUGGACCAAGCCAUUAUGAGAUUCCACAGCAUGAAGAUGGAAGAAAUUAAUAAAAUUAUCCGGGACCUGUGGCGGAGCACUUACAGAGGACAAGAUAUUGAGUAUAUUGAGAUCCGUUCUGAUGCUGAUGAAAAUGUGUCUGCCAGUGACAAAAGAAGAAAUUACAAUUACCGUGUAGUAAUGGUGAAGGGUGAUACAGCACUGGACAUGAGAGGAAGGUACAGCGCUGGACAGAAGGUUCUUGCCUCCCUCAUUAUCCGUCUAGCACUGGCGGAGACCUUCUGUCUGAACUGCGGAAUUCUUGCUCUGGAUGAACCAACCACAAACUUAGAUCGGGAAAACAUUGAAUCACUGGCCCAUGCUCUGGUUGAGAUAAUAAAGAGCCGUUCAAACCAAAGCAACUUUCAGCUUCUGGUGAUCACACAUGACGAGGAUUUUGUCGAGCUGUUGAGUCGUUCCCAAUACGUCGAACACUUCUACCGAAUCAAGAAGAACAUCGACCAAUGUUCAGAAAUCAUUAAUGCAGGGUCAGCUCCUUGAACACCCAUGUCUAGUCGAAAUGUAUGUCAUCAACAACUGUUUUCUUAUCUCAUAACAUUUCGGAGUGAGCUAUAACAAGGAACCAUUUUAUGAAGUGGUUACAGUUCUCUCUGCAUGAUUAGAUUAGUCUUGCACUUUCUAUUUUGUUGUUGAUAUAUGAUCUGAUUUCUCUUUUUGUCGAUAACAGCAUUGAACUGGUGCAACAAUAAAUCAACUUGUUUCUUCCUACCCAUCACUCUCCCAUUUGUGCAACUUUGAACUCAAUCUUGGAUGUGAAUUUUCGGGGGAUUAUGGAAAGUACAAAUCCAGUUUUUCUUUGAAUUAAUGUUUGAAAUAUGGAACAGGAAGAGGCCCUUUAGCCCACAAUGUCUGUACCAACCAUGAUUGGAAAUUAAACUAAUCCCAUCUGCCUGUACGUGAUCCAUAUCCUUUCCUUCCCUGCCUGUCUAAAUGCCCCUGAAACACACUAUCAUGUCUGCUUCUGUCAACCCCUGGCAUCACAUUCCAGGCACCUAUCACUCUCUGUGUAUAAAAAUGUGUCUCGCACAUCUCCUUUAAACUUUGCCCCCCCUUACUUUAAAGCUUAUACCCUCUAGUAUUUGACAUUUCCACGAUGAGGAAAAAGACUCUUAACUUUCUAUGCUAUCUAUGCCUCUCAUAAUUUUAUAUACUUCAACAGGUCUCUCCUCAGCCUCUGAAACCCCAGAGAAAACAAUCCUACUUUGUCCAACUUCCUCUGUAGCUGGUACUCUCUAAUCAGGAGAUGUCGUGGUGAUGUUCUUCUGCACCAUCUCCAAAGCUUCCACAUCCUUCCUGUAAUGCGGUGACCAGAACAGCACGCAAUACCCCAAAUGUGGCCUAACCAAAGUUUUAUAUAGCUACAAUGCGACUUCCCAACUUUUUAUACUCAAUGCCCCGACCAAUGAAGGCAAGCAUGCUGUUUUGCUGCCUUUACCACCCUAUCAACUUGUGUUGCCACUUUCGGGGAGCUAUGAACUUGUACCCCAUGAUCCUUCUGGACAUCAGUGUUCCUAAGGGUUCUGCCAUUUACCGUAUAAUUUCCCCUCCCAAAUUGCAACACCUCAUACCUGUCUGGAUUAAACUCCAUCUUCCAUUUCUCCGCCCAUAUCUCUAACUGAUCUAUACCCUGCUGAAUCCUUUGACAACUUCGGUAUCUGCAAAUCCACCAACUUUUGUGUCAUCUGCAAAUUACUAAUCAGCCCAUCUACAUUUUUGUCCAAAUCAGUUACCACAAACAACAAAGGUCCCAGCACGGGACACCAUUGACCACAGAUCUCCAGUCAGAGAAGCACCCCUCCACCAUUAUCAUCUGUCUUCUGUGGCCAACAAAAUAUUUAAAACAAAUAAUCAUUGGAGUAAGCAGGGAAGUUAAAUUGUAGUCCAGUAUUAGCCAUUGUCUCAAUCCUGGAAAGUCUAGAUGUGCACUGAUUGUGCCCCAAUCUGCAAUUAUCUCAAAUGAAGUUUAAUUCCUUUGAAUCUUUGUGAAUCUUGCUAGUUUAUUGUAUUAUAUGCUCCAUUCCAAUUAGUGCCUGAUAGAAGUCCCAGAUUUGGUCUUUGUAUCACCUAAGGUUGGUGCAGCCGAAAUUAUUAAGUUUAAUUAAUGCUCAAGAACCAGAGACUGAGGGACAGAGUGGGCAAGCUCAUUAAAAUUGUAGAUUGGCUGAAAGUCUACUCAAACUUAAAUGCACAAAAGAGUUGAGUAUAAUGCUUCCAAAGCCACCUUUAGCUCAAUUAUUAACCUAAUCACAACUGACUAGAACUAUUUCCACAUCCAAAUACAGUGCUGAUAAGCACCUCAAAUACCUAAAAAUUUAGUUUAGAAAAAUUUAUAGAGUUGGGCCUUUGGAACAGGAAAAUUACAAAACAAGGAAAGUUGCCAUUUUUAUUCUGUAAACUUUUUGUGAACGAAAUGCUUAAGUUGCUCAGUAAUGUAAAGUUAUGAAAGAAAUUGAGGAAGUUUGGUCACAAGUGCCAAACAGUUGUUGGAUGUCCGCCAUCAGUUGUACUUAUUUUCCCAGUGCUCAGUUUUGUCUGCUUCAAUUAACUGGAUAUUAGGAAAGGAGUGCAAUGAUACUAUUAGGGUGAGGAACCAAAGAUUACUUGAAUGCAAAAAUCAAGAUGUGAAUAUCUAUGUUUUUCACUAGAAACUUUGAAGUUGGAUUGGCAUUACUCUAUAUUUCACUCUUCAUAGAAUAUUCACACACAAUUUGUAAAAAAGCAAACAUUAAUCCUUAAACCAGCAAAAUAUUUAUGGUAGACUGCAUGUGUUUUAUUGUGACAUUUCCAUUUUAUUUUCGACUCUGGUUAUGGCCAACCUAAUUAACCCAUGCUCUCCACUUGGACAUUCUGCAUUCCAUUUUGAUUUUCUGUAAGCUGGCUGGUUGGUUGGUUUUCAAUUUAUUAGGACUGUGGAGUGACUGGUUCUUUGCCCCAUCAGGUCCAUGUUGGCUCCCAUCAAUCCCAUUCCCUUCACCAUAUUUCCCUAUACCCCUGCGACUUACUCCCCCCCCCCCCCCCCUUUUGAUUUACUUUGCCACUUACCUGAGGUAAUUUACAGUCACCUAUUAACCUGCCAGCAUGUCUUUUGGAGGAAACCCUCAUAAUCACGGCAGGAACACACAAACUCCAGUCGCUCAGCACGCAAGGUCAGGAUCAUCCCUGAAACUAUGAGGUAAUCGUCAUAACUGCUGUGCCACCCAAGCCCGUGACCAUUAUGGCAUAACCUGUGCUUUAUCAUUCAGACUUUUUGGAGCACUCAGUGGUAGGAAGCUGCCUCCUUAUCUUAUGCCUGAUCACUUUACAUUGAGGCUUUCAAGUCCAAAUAAACUGCUGACAUUGACA